AUGUUGGGUCGUGCAGUGCACAUGGCGCGCGCCGUGUGCUCGAUGAGUACACAUUCUUUGCGUAGACAUGGUGCCAAAAUUUCAUCUGUGCGUUUCAUUCAUGGUCCUCAAGUCCCGCCAGCGGAGCCUGUGUCAGCUGAUGCGAGCAUCGGAAGUCAGGACGACACUUCGGAGCUGUACGCCCUGGAGCGAUCUUCACCCCUUGUGCACACGCGUCUCACAUACCUGAGUCCAGAGACUCGCCCGCAAGGAAAGAGGGCCAUUGCAUAUGUGCCCAUGUCCUCACACGUCUUUAAUACGGCUCCGCAUCAGCAUGCGAUGCACAUGGCUGUCGUGUACUACUUAGAUGCGCUAAGAAGUGGCACUGCCAGCACCAAGUCUCGUUCUGAUGUUGCAUACUCUGGAAAAAAGCUCCGGCCGCAAAAGGGUACUGGUCGUGCUCGCUUAAGCGACGCAGGAAAUCCCAUGCUGCGUGGUGGCGGCGUAGCACAUGGACCCAAGCCUCGUGAUUUCAAGACUGACCUUCCACGCAAGGUGCGUGAGCUAGCGUUGCGCUCAGCUCUCAGUGCGCGCUUCCGUGAAGGACGUCUUCAUGUGGUGCCAAGUCUAGAUUGGUACGCGCCGCCCAUGUCGACCAAUAAACUGGCGCGUCUUUUGAGCGCGAAGCAAUGGACGAACACACUUUUUCUCACAGCACCGCGCGACCCUGUGUCCCCUGUUGCUAAUGAGCGAGGUAGCAUGCGUCCAUCUUCUGUUAAUUUGAUGUACACGGACCAGCAGCUUACACGUCAUGCACAAUACAUUCGGCACUUUGCUCUCGCACAAAGGAACCUGCCCGAUGUGGACCUUGUGCGUCUGCAUGAGCUUCCGCCCCAUCCGAGACCACGCCUGGAGCAUGCUAAGCAGCCGGGAGAGCUCCAUGCAUACCAAGUGUUAGAAUUCCAGCGCAUCGUAUUAGACAUGGGAGCCCUGGAAUGGCUCGAAGAAAAACUAGGCGGCUCGCUCGUGCACCAAGUCUAUGCCGAAGAAAUGCUUCGCUGGCGUGAAGAACGUAAUCCAAGCGCUUCCGACGAGGACGCUUUUUCACCAUCAACUUCGUCCAUAUCGGAGUCCGAAAAUAGCGCCUCUUCAGGCCUAUCGUCAACGUCGGAUACUGCUUCAUCAAUGCAAUCGCCGACUCCUCCUUGA